AUGGAUCUUUCUACAACGCUGGGCCAGUCCCCAUCAACAGAUCUACCGGGUCCUACCAACAUCCACAGAAAUGAGCCAAGUCCAAGUCACGAUCCUUUCAAGUACAGCCAAGGUCUUGCUGGUGUAGAUCAGCCGUCAAACUACCUUUUUGCCAACAUACUUAUCGCAACCGCACUAUUACCGGCAGUACUCACCCUUUGCUUCCGUGUAAUCAUAGCCGCGAAGAACUAUAGACGACAGGUUUCAGCUAUGACCUCUUGCAAAGGACAGGAUUUCUGGAAGAAGGAUCGUCAUCCAUAUUGGGGAUUACUCAAACGUCACUUUUUGUACGCACCAAUACGGUCGGAUCGCAGUCUCAACAAGACGACAAAACCCUCAAACACCAAGCCGGUAGAUCAAGUCACUCUACCGCAACUGGCCAUCAUCAUCAUAUAUUUCAUCAGCAACAUAGCGUACUGUUUGGCGGUUCCAGCGCAACCCACUCCUCAGAUGGUCGCCGCAUUUCGUGGUCGUUCUGGAGCUUUGGCCACCCUUAACUUGAUCCUCACGGUACUCUUCGCUCUUCGAAAUAACCCAUUCAUAUACCUGCUCCAAGUCAGCUACGAUACAUUCAACCUGUUCCAUCGGUGGAUGGCUAGACUUGUCGUCCUCGAGUCCACAGCACACAUAUCGGCUUUCCUGUAUAACACGUAUCACACAACCCACGACGGCGCAGAAGGAUGGAAGAACAUCGGCUGGCUGCUCAGUCAAUCCAGUUCUUUCCAAUGCGGUUUGGUGGGCUUCUUGGCUCUCAUACUGCUCAUGGUCCAUUCGAUCAGGCUAUUACGACAUCCCUUCUACGAAACAUUCCUGACACUGCACCGCAUUGGUAUAGCGACGGCGAUAUCCGGGGUUUACUUCCACUUGGCAAAACACGCCCUGCCACAACUUCCCUGGAUCUAUCUUGUCAUUGCCCUUCUGGUAUUAGAGCCUUCGGCCCGUGUGCUCCUCAUCUUACGUCACAAUCUGUCAUGGGAGGGAAGGGCGUGGACUCGUGUAAGUUUGGAAGCGUUACCCGGCGAUGCAACUCGUGUCACGUUUGCCCUACCACGUUCGUGGAACGCGAAACCCGGAUCACACGUUCACAUCUACUUGCCAAGGCUCUCGCUUUUGGGGUCACACCCGUUCUCAGUGGCUUGGUCCCAGUCGUCUGGCUACGCGAAAAUUAUGUCAGAGGAGCUCCCAUCUACAAUUGAUGACCUCAGAGUUGAAGACGGGCCCAGUACCGUUACCUGCAUCGUUCGAUCACGCCAAGGUAUGACUCAGUCUCUCUACAAGCUGGCCUUGCAAACGGAGAAGGACCAGGUGCAUCUUUGGGGAGCAAUAGAGGGACCAUACGGCGGACAUCACUCGUUCGACUCGUAUGGCACAGUGGUGCUCUUCGCUGGUGGUGUAGGGAUUACACAUCAACUGUCUUUUAUAAGACACCUGCUUGAUGCACACAACAGCAACAUGGCGGCCACACAAAAGAUUGUUCUCGUCUGGUGCGUAGCCAAUCUCGAUGCGCUGGAAUGGGUGCAGCCAUGGCUUGACCAAAUCGUGACAGUACCAAGCUUCCAUGAAGUCGUCCAGAUACGUCUGUACGUGACGAGGACAACCUCACCCAUAUCGCACGCCAUGCUAUUGCCAACAUACCUCGAUGUGAGACAGCAAAGAUGUCAGGUGCAGGAAUUACUGGAUGAAGAAGUGCUCGCACAAAUCGGUGCCAUGGCGGUCUCAGUGUGCGGGCCAAGAGGCCUUAGUGGCAGUGUUAGGGCAGCUGUCAGGCAAAGAGUACGCCUACGGAGUAUCGAUUUCUUUGAGGAGGCAUUUUCCUACUAG